AUGGAGAUGCCAAAGGCUACUUGUAUGAAACAAACACAUAGAAAACCUAAUCGAGAUAGCCCUGGAUUUGCAAAUUUAGUUCAACUCAAACGGAGUAAAAAAACUGUUGAAGAAGAAGAAAUCAAUGCCGCCGAAACCGAAGAAAUGACGCGAUUGAGAAAGGUCGGCACGGUAUUCAAUGUUAAGACCUUGCCGACUAAAUGUGGUUUUAACAAUCGUUGGUUGCAAAAGGAAAAGAAGAAAAGUAUUACCCCUCCUUCAAGAUCUCCUCGUAUUGGUGACAAACUCUUGACUGCAACAUAUCGAGGGGCAUUCGUUGAGCCGGGAAUGCUCAAGAUCCGUGAACGGAAAGAUUCUCAACCACCAACAGAACCAAGUGAUUUAUAUGAAACUCCAGAUGAAGACCAAUCAAUUCCAUCUGGUAGAAGAGGUAAUGAUCAUGAUGGUGUAGAAAGAACUCCGGCUGCCGGAGGAGAUGACGAGCAUGAUGAUGAUGACCAAGACAUGCCACCUGUUGGAGGAGGCAAUGGUGAUGGUGAUAACAAUGAUGGAGAUCAAUAUAAUGAUGGACAACGUGAAAUUGUUGAAGGGGAAGAGGAUAAAGAAGAGGAGGAUGAAGAAGAAGGUAGAGAAGAAACAGACAAUGAUCAACAAACUCAAGAUGCAACUACAACUGCAACCGCAACCGGAAGACCAGAUAGGGUUAUCAAUAAACCUUCUGAUUCCCACAUGCUUCCCAGUCACUUAAAAGUGCAACUGGAUCCAGGUCAGCCUCCAGUAGGGACCCCAGAAGAUGGUGGACAUGUUCUUUUUGGAUACAAAGACAUAUGA